CCUCAGCUCGGACCGAGCGGGCCCGAGCGGCUACCGCCGGGCCCGGGCUGCGAGGCGAGUCCGCGGGCGAGCUUCUGGGAGCGCAGUCACGGCGCGCUGGCCAGGCUACGGUACCGGGGAAAGCCGAGCGACGGCCGCGGAGGCUGGGACCGGGGGACCGGGGCAGGCCGGGACGUCGGCAGGCCUCCGCAAAGCCGCUGCGUCUUCGGGGAAAACCACUCAAAUAGGAAGGACUCCCCCACGAAGAAGCAGAAACAGAGCAGUAGGAUAGCGGUGAGGAAACAGGCAUAUCUCAUGAAUAAAUCUGAAAACGGAGUUGACGAGAGCUUUGAGGAGCUUCUCAUGAAGUACAAACAGAUCCAGCUGGAGCUGGAAUGCAUUCGCAAGGAGGAGAAAAAGGCCCUGAAGCCCAGUGAGGGCUCACCGCAGCAGGAGGAGGCGUCCCCCGCCGUCAGCACCCUGGAGGAGACCGCAUCUCGUGCGGAGAGCGUUCAUCCCGAGGUCCCUGCGCAGGAGCAGGAAGAGAAGAAAGUCUUUCAGGCGUUCAACAUCCGCCCUCUCAGACAGAAGCUGUUGACUCCGGCUGAAAGAGACGCGCUCAACACCAGAACGGCAGACGAGGUGGAAAACAAGGAGGUCGAGCAGAACGCGAAAAGCCCAGAUGAGCCAACCACCCCCAAAGAAGCUGAAGAGGACGGAGAAGAGUCAGAAUCGGACCUGAACAUCUCAGUCGUGAGCAAAGGCUCAGACGGAACUCCGUGCAAGGUGAAGGGGCGGGACGAGGACGAUGAGCUGUCGGAGCUGCAGCUCCGUCUCUUGGCUCUGCAGUCCGCCAGCCGCAGGUGGCAGCAGAAGGAACAGCAGGUGAUGAAGGAGAGCAAGGAGCGGCUGAACCGGACCAGAACGGCACCGGAGCGGGCCGGCCCCGCACCCCCACGACCCCGCAUGCCCACCAGGGCCAGCUGCACCGGCAGGGGCCGCCCGGGUCCCGGGUCCAGGGGGCUGGACAAGGGCAAAGCAGUCUCUAAGGGGCAUCCUGCUAAGAAGAUGGUGAACCCAGCAGCAGCUAAGCAAGCCUGGAGGAAGCAGCAGGUGCGCACCUGGAAACUCCAGCGACAGCAGGAGGAGCAGAAACACGAGGAAGAGGAGGAGAGGAGGAAGAGGGAGGAUGAGAUCCGGAAGAUCCGAGACCUGUCCAAUCAGGACGAGCAGUACAACCGCUUCAUGAUGCUGGUGGGGGGAAAACAGCCCCGCACACGCAGCAAGUCAUCAGACGCUGACCACAGGAAGGUGCUGUUUAAACAGGGUGUGGACACCUCUGGAAACCUGUACCAGUACGACAACUAUGAUGAGGUUGCCAUGGAUACAGACAGUGAAACUAACUCUCCCAGUGCGUCACCAACACGUGAGCUGUUGGGAAUGGUCGGAUCUCCGUACCUUAUUCCACUGACCGCGUUUUCCUUGGACUCCGCCCCUCUCACGCAGGAGGUUCCGGAUGCAUCUCAGUGCGGUGUGGAUCCGCUGGGCGUGGCCCACUCGACCCUGCCCCCUCCCCCCCCGCCCCUGCCCCCGGUGGACGAGCUGGUGCAGCCUCCCAAGCCGCCCUUCGCCGAUGAGGAAGAGGAGGAGGAGAUGAUGCUGAGGGAGGAGCUUCUCAAGUCCCUGGCGAGCAAACGUGCUGUCAGGCCGGAGGACACCUCCAGUAACAGUGGCCCUCCUUCUCCUGCCAUGAGACCUGCAGCUCCGCCUACAGCCAAAAGCGCCACCUCCUCCGUUGGUUUCAGCAGUGGCCCCUUACAGACACGGCCUUCUGGCAAGUUCGGCCGAGGAGCCCCGCCUCCCAGAGCCCCACUAGUGGUGCGUCACCGUAGCAACACUAAAUCUUCACAACUGCUGCCCCGACACAAGGCGGUGGUGGUGCGCCUGAACGCGUCUGACGACAGCGACUCUGAGGGCGAGGCCUCGAGCUCAGUGCAGAGCGUGUUUGGAGGACUGGAGUCCAUGAUCAAAGAAGCCCGCAGAACUGUGGAGGCAUCCAAACCACGGCCUGUGCCUGUGUGUGAGAAGGAGAACAACCCCCUAAGGCCCGCAGACGCACUAAUCGAGGCUAAAAAGUCAGAGUAUCGUCUGCUGAGGGAGCAGCUGGCCAGUCAGGAGAAGCAGCGAGUUGGAAGGCCAGAUGCUGCUGUGGGCGGGGCAUCUCCUGUCGGCGUGGACUUGGACGUUGACGUGGCGGGAAAAGUAGCUGAACUUCAGCUUGCUGACAUCGAGGACAAGUUCACCAAACACUGUGCUCAGCUGGAGAAGGACCAGGUCUUGCUGCAGCACCUCCAGCAUCAGGAGCUGCGGAAGAAGGAGAGUCUGAAAGCGGCCGAGGCCAAGGUGGUGCGGCUCAGAGAGCAGCUGCUCGCCUCUGAAAGGGUCGCCAGCGCCACCCGCCUGCUGCUCAGGAAACUGCAGGAGCAGGUCCAGCGCGUUCAGCAGCGUGUGACUGUUAAGCAGCAUCAGGCCCUGAGGCUGGAGAGGGAGCUGCUUGUAGUGCAGGCAGCAGCCAGCAGGGGGAGCGCCAAGCGCAGUAGCGCCACUGCCCCCACUCUCUCACCAGGUAAGCGGCGUCGCUUGGGUGUUCCCGACGCCCACUACGUGGAGCUCAUCGCCCAGAAGCAGCGUCUCCAGCAGCUGGAGACGGAGUAUGCGCAGAAAAUCCAGCAGCUGAAGGAGGCGCAGGCUCUGCGGCAGGCGUACGCGCCUCCUCAGCCCUCCCUCCACGACCUGACGCAGGACAAGCUCGCCCUCGCCAGCGAGGACCCCGACCCCGAGGAGGAGGAGCUACAGCCCGCGCCCGCCUCCAGCGUCCGUCGGCGCUCCUUCCGCGAGUCAGGCUCCUUUACCAAGCCGAAGCUGGGCCACUCGGACACCCCCUCCACGCCCACGACGCCCGCCGCGCCCACCAAGCCAACGCAGGACAGCGGUUCCCCCCCUCCGGAGCUGCUGCUAUUGGGCUUGAAUCUGGACAGCCUCCGUCAGCACCACCAGCGGACGCAGACGCUCUCAGACCUCCUGCUCCACGAGCUGCGCGCUCUAGGGGGCGCCAUGGUGGACAUCCGGCCCAGUGCAAGGGUGGCUCAGGUGGACUUUGACCCCAUGGCGCCCCAGCGCAUGCGGGCUGACCUGAAGCCUGUGACCUUUGGCCCUUACCGCAGUCCGCUGUUGCUCUUCAGGUCGUACAGGUUCAGCCCGUAUUUCCGCACCAAGGAGAAGCUGUCUCUGAGCUCCGUCACCUACAGCAACGUCAUUGAGCCCAAAAAGUGUUUCUGUCGCUUUGACUUGACGGGAACGUGUAACGAUGACGAGUGCCAGUGGCAGCACAUGAGGAAUUGCACUCUGAAUGGAAACCAGUUAUUCCAGGAUAUCCUAUCCUAUAGCCUCCCUCUUAUUGGCUGUUCUGAGGAAAACUCCACCAGUGAGAUCUGCAGAGCCACAGAAAAAUACAUCAAGAAGCUGUUUUCUGGGAAUAAGGACCUGAUGGGGACGGACCAGAAGGCCGUGCUGUUGGUCAGCAAGGUCAACGAGAGCGUCCGGCAUGUGCCUCCUUACACCACCUGUAAGGAGAAGAGGAGGUGGAGACCAGAACCUCAGAGACCACAGCAGCCCGACCCCGGAGCAGAGAGCGAGGACGAGAACGCCACUGUUCCUGGAUCAGCUCCAGAGGGCCGGCGUUUCCCAGACUGCUGCUCUGUUUCGGACGUGUGUGUGACUCAGGACGAUAAGCGCUAUUUCGACAGCGAGACGGACGACAUCUCUAACCUGGAGUACAGCGUACUGGAGAGUCCCCGAGACGUGCAGCUCUGGGUUAAACUGGCCUACAAGUAUCUCAACCAGAAAGACACUAACGCAUCAGAGUGCCUGGACGCGGCACUGAACACGCUGUCCCGGGCGCUGGAGGACAACCAGGAAGACGUGGAGGUGUGGUGCCACUACCUGUCUCUGUUCUCGGGCCGCGCCAGCCGGGACGAGGUGCAGGAGAUGUGCGAGAUGGCUGUGGAACACGCACCCCACUACCACGUCUGGUGGACCUACCUGAACAUUGAGAGCACGUUUGAGAAGAAGGACACCGUGUGCUGUAGGAUGCUGCAGUACCUGAUGGAGCCUACAGUACCUGAUGGAGCGCAGGACCGAUCGUUUCAGCUGCUGGAGACCCUGUUGUACAGAGUUCAGCUCAGCCUGUUCACUGGCCGCCUGAAUAACGCUCGCCAAACACUGCAGAGCGCACUGAUGGCGGAUGGCGAGAGGAGUGUGUCAGCUUGCCUGACCCUCGCGCACCGCUGUGUGGCCUGGCUCUGCUAUAUCCACCUGUGUGAGUUCGGGGUGCUGCCCUCUCACCUCUAUGACCCUACCAACUCCAACCCCUCCCGCAUCGUCAGUCUGGAGCCCUUCCUCCUGCCCUGGAGCUCCACCCACCAGCUGGACACGCCCCCGGACCGCCUCCUGUCCCUGUUCCACGAUGCUUUAAUUCAGUGUGUGGAUGAGCGUGUGUCUCCAGUUGAGCAGAUGCUGGCGUGCCUUCUGCUCCACACCAACCACCUCCACCUUCUUCGCGUGCUCGGACGGCACCAGGAGGCCAUCGCUGUGUGCGAGAGCCUGCUGAGCGUGUGCGCUCACUGCUGCCCCUUGCUGGAGAUCCAGAGUGAGCUACACAUGGUAGAUGGAGAGCAGGAUCGUGCCGCGGGGGUGUGGCUCCGGGCCCACGCCCUCUGCCCCCGUGAUGCGCAGAUAUUCUACCACCUGUGCAGGUGUCUGCAUGCACUGGAGAGGUCCAGUGUGGCGGAGGAGCUCUUUGAGAAGUUCCUGUCCUCCUUCUGCAGCACAGUGCCGACUGGUCUCCCUCCUGUAGCGAUCUUGCGGCACCUGCUCAGCCUGCCUCCACAGGACCUGCAGCAAGCUCCGCCCACCGUUCAGCCACACCUCCAAGAGGAGCUGAGGGCCCAGCUCCCCUACCUCAGCCUAAUGCACAGCUGGUGGCAGUCUGUGUAUGGCAGCGUGGUGGACGCGCUGGACGCCUUCGAGGCGGCGCUGGGCAGCGUCUCCGCUCUGGACCUUCUGCAGAAGCUCUGGCUCAAUUAUCUCCAGUACACUAGCAGCAAGCUGCCACCAGGGGGCCGUGAGCUGCGUGUGUUGGCCGAGCUGGUGCAGCGGUGUCUGGCCACAGUGCCCAGCAGGCUGACCCUACCGUACAACAGCACCACCUACUGGAGCAGCUAUGACUUCCACAACCAGGUGAUCGCGUUCUAUCUGAGCUUUCUCCCUGCGGGUCUGCACGCAUCUGUUCUGGAGCGGUUCAGACACACCAUGCCCACCAACAUGGCACUGGCCCUCAGGUUGGUGCAGCAGGAGAAGACUGAUGGCGGUGACGAGCAGGUCAGGCUCCAUGCUAAGCAGCUGGCUAGCACCAUCCCCAGCGCUCUGGCCAGCUGGAAGAUUGCGAUCGCUGUUCAGCGGGAGGAGAAGAGGCGGGCCCAGGUACAGAGGCUUUACCAUCAAGCCCUUCAGAAACUUCCCCUCUGUGCUUCUCUAUGGAAAGAUUGGCUACUCUUUGAAGCUGCAGGUGGAGGUAAAACUGACACACUGAAAAAACUUGUUGCCAAGUGCCAGGAGGUGGGAGUGAGUCUCAGUGAACCUCUCAGUUUAGGCCUCAACAGCUCACACGCACAGGAUCCGUGAGGCCCCUCCCUCCCUGUACCCAAACCCCUCCCCCACCAUGCCCCCAAUCACACAUUCCCUUACACCUCCUCUCCACCCUCUCCAACACACAUCUCCAGUAGCGUAGAGAGCAGGAGGCUAGGGGGAGGGCCCAGUCCUCCCGCCGCCCUGUCCAGUAAUGGCACUGACGUGGAGGGAGAGAGGCAGAGCGACGCCUGCCUGUCUGUCUGCUGAAGACUGUGGUCUGCAGCUAACUGCGUGUGGGGGGUCUGUAAGCGCCGUGGCGUCCUCUACGUAAGUAUGGAGCUGCUCACCCAGCCGCUGACCUUUCACUCCUCCUUUUUCCGUUCCGUGUCGUGCAUCAGCAGUUUUAAUUUGGCUUUUAUUUUACUUCGGGGUCAAACUUAACGGACUGCAACUUCCUCCAUAGCGACGUUGAAAGCGACAGUAUUUUAAAGAUGGCUUCCUUCCCGUAUACUUGCAGAAUUGAUUGAUGACGGGAAUGAGACUGACUCAAUUUUGAGGUUGUUUUAAACGGCUUAGAACCAAGUGAAAAAUGUUGUCGCCAUGGAUUGAAAUGGCUGCCAGAAGUAUUGUGUCCUGACCCCGUCAGUAUCUGCUGUGUGGGAGACUGCUGUAGAGACGUGUGUGACACGCCCCGGCCACCGGGUCGCGCACACGCACGGUCUCGCUAGUCGAGGAGUCUUCGAGAAAUAGUUCAUCUGUUCAUGUGCAGAAAUGUGUUUUCCUUUUUUUGUCAAAAUAUCUCCAUUAAUUAAAAGUAUUCAGGAACAUGCAGGAAUGAGCUUUCAACUGUUUUGUUUUAUUUUGUAACUGAAAAUGUUUCUAUUAAAUUAUUUUGUAAACAAA